AGGGACUCAAAGGCAAAAAAGAAAAAAACUUCUGAGACAUUAUAAUGAACAGAAAGCAAACGAAAAUCGCAUGGCCUUCGCCUUUACUCACGUCACUCGUAACAAAUUCCACACACACAGACACGCACAGGUGUGUGUGCGAGCAACAGAGUAAGUAGCCGCCAGUCAUCCAUUUUCCGCUCCCAGGUCAAUUUCGCAAUGAAGGCGCCGCUGCUCGACCGGCGGAGCUCCGACGAGCUGAUCGGAGACGACGGGGACUACCUUCCGGCUAGAGGGCCCAGGGAUUGGUGGCGCGUUUUCUGUACGGAGACGGCGAGGCUGUGGAGGAUCGGCGGCCCAAUCGCGUUCCAGAUUCUUUGCCAGUACGGAAUCAACUCCGUCACCACCAUGUUCGUCGGCCAUAUCGGAGACGUCGAGCUCUCGGCUUUCUCCAUCGCUGUUUCGGUCGUGGGUACAUUCUCCUUCGGAUUCAUGCUUGGCAUGGGAAGUGCCCUCGAGACCUUAUGCGGCCAGGCCUUUGGAGCCGGGCAAGUCCACAUGCUCGGCAUCUACAUGCAGCGCUCGAUGAUCAUACUCUUUGCCACCUGUCUCCUCUUGCUCCCUCUGUACAUUUUCGCCACACCUGUCCUAAAGCUUCUCGGCCAAGCGGACGAGAUCGCGAAUCCAGCUGGCGCGUACACGCUGAUGAUCGUGCCACAACUCUUCUCGCUGGCCGUCACUUUUCCCUCCCAAAAAUUCUUGCAGGCACAGAGCAAAGUGAACGUGCUCGCGUGGAUCGCGUUUCUAUCUCUGCUUUCGCAGGUUUUCCUGUGCUGGCUGUUGAUGGAAGUGCUCGGUUGGGGGGUUUUUGGGGCCGCUGUGGCUAUUGAUCUCACGGGCUGGGGGACUGCAGGGGCUCAGUUGGUGUAUGUGGUGGGGUGGUGUAGGGACGGUUGGAAGGGGUUCUCUUGGUCGGCUUUUAAGGAGAUUUGGGGGUUCGUGAGGCUGUCGUUGGCUUCGGCAGUGAUGAUGUGUCUGGAGAUUUGGUACAUGGCUAGCAUUACUGUUCUCACGGGGAAUCUUGAUAAUGCCGUGAGCGCAGUUGGCUCGCUUGCCAUCUGCACGAAUGUGAAUGGGAUGGAAGCCAUGGUUUUCAUUGGAAUUAAUGCGGCUAUAAGCGUGCGAGUGUCGAAUGAGCUGGGAUUAGGACAUCCUAGAACUGCCAAAUACUCUGUUUAUGCAACUGUUUUCCAGUCCCUCCUGAUCGGGAUAAUCUGCAUGAUUGUCAUCCUCGUAACUAGAAACUACUUCAGCAUAAUUUUCACCGACAGCAAGGAUAUGCAACGGGCUGUUGCUCACCUGUCGGGCCUUCUCGGGGUCACGAUGGUUCUCAACAGCGUCCAGCCAGUUGUAUCAGGUGUUGCCGUGGGAGGCGGAUGGCAAGCUCUGGUGGCUUAUAUUAACUUGGCUUGUUACUACAUUUUCGGCCUUCCUCUAGGAUACGUUCUUGGCUAUGUCGCUAAUCUUGGCGUCGUGGGACUUUGGGGAGGGAUGAUUGCUGGGACUGCCAUGCAGACCUUAUUGCUUCUUUUGGUGCUCUAUAAAACAAAUUGGAAAAAGGAGGUCGAGCAGACGACAGAACGAAUGAGAAAGUGGGGAGGCCAAGAAAUUGCAGAUGAAAAACCAGCUGCUUAAAAGCUUUUCAUCAGCAAUGGAAGACAUUAAAGAUUGGUCUUUUAAACAUUUAGCAUCAUCAUUUGGCUUGUAUUAUUGUGACCAUAAUUCAUAUCUCCUUAUUUAUUUUCCAUUUAUACUGUUAAUUUGAACAGCUUCGAUUUUUUUCUUCUAAAUGGCAUGAGCUAAUUAAGGAGAGGAGAAAAUGGGCACGAUAAGAAA